AUGAGCUUCGGGUAUGAAAAUUAAAUUUAUCAUUUAGAGUGUACUCAUAAUUUCAAACCUUUGGUUAAUCUCAAGAAUUGGAAAACAUUUUAAAAAAUAAUAGCUCAACUUUGGAAGAAUUAUUAGAAAGAGACAAUUUCUUAUUUGACAUUAAAGCUGGAGCUAUGAAUGCAUUUACUGAAUUGUAAUAAAUAGUAUUAACAUAAGUGUUUGGAAAUAACCUGACAAUUUAGAAAAGAUGAUUCAUUAUAUUAUUGUCACAAAUGAUUAAAUGGAUGAUAAUGAGAAAAGUCGAAAAUUUCCGUAUAUUAUAAGUGAAAUAUUUGCAAUGGAAAAUACUAGAUUUUUUGAUUUAUUAUUCUUAAGACAUCGAAAUGAAUCCCAAUCCUCAUUAUUAAGCAAUGAAAGACUGGUUUUAAUAAGAAUCUAAAUUAGACUACUAUUGAAGAUGAUAUUUUACCAGAAUAUUAAAUGCAUCACGAAGAUCAAUGCAAAGAGGAUGAAGAUUAUAAUGGAGGAGGAAUAUCUGGAACAUCAAGUUAGUAUAUUUCAAUAUCAUAGUCUAGUGCGCUUCAUUUAAAUCUAAGUCAGGACUGCAUCUAAAUGAAAAUGUUAGGUUGAAUAUAUUAAAUUCAUUUUUCAAAUUCUUAGAAACUCCAAAUAUUAAUGAUACAUCUAUGGGGUAUUAUGCUAAGAUAUUAAAACCUGUAGCUAGUAAAUAUGGAGGAGAAGUAAUACUAAAUCCUACAUCUUUUUUAGUUUUGGGAUCAUAUCGUAGUUAACAACAAUAUAAUAAGUGAUUUACUUUAACAUAUCAACCAUUAUUAAAUUGUAGAAAUUGUGGUUAAACUAUUAAUUUUAGAUUACAAAAUUAAUGAUAAUAUAUACAUCAACCAAAAAUGUUAUGUAUUCAUUAAACAUAAGCAUAGAAGAAUUAUAGAAAAUAGCUUUUAGAAGAAAUGAUACAUCAAAUGGAUAAGUUUUGUGAAAAUAUUACAGUAUAAAUAUUAUCUAUAUAUCAAAUAGAUGGUAGCAGAUAUCACUUAAAUAUUUGAUUUGCUUUUAGAAUAAGGAAUUUAACAAAAAUUAUAUGAACCUUUGAGAGAAUUGUUCGAUAAUGUAUUAAAACCAUAUUACUUUUUUAAAAUUGCUGUAAUAUUAUUUAGUAUUAAUUAAUUUAGAAAAAAACAGGAAUUCUCACUGUUUAUAAAGUAUUCUCUAAAAUCCUAUUAUUUAUUUAAGCUAAUUCCCUACAAGGUAAUCAAAUCAUCAUGUAUUUAGACUAGAAGACUUCUGAUUUAAUAUAGAUAAUCUAAUAAAUUAAUCCACUUAUUAUCUCAAAUAUUUAAGAUUAACAAACCUUUGGACUAAAGAACUUAUGUCUUGUUUAAGCUCUCGAAGUUUGUGAUAAGUAUAUAUUUACUAUAUAUUUAUAGAUUAAAUAAUCCACUUUUAUUUGAGUCUAUGUUUUAAGCACAAUUAUAUUAAAGUUUAAUAGAAUUGGCCAUUAAGUAUCAAUGGAACAAUUAACUCUAAAUAUAUGUGACUUCAAUUAUAAAAUCAAGAAUUUAAGAUGAAAAAUAUUGUCAAAGAAUUCUAAAAGAAACAGAUAUCUUGAAUCAAAUUAAAAAAAAUUUAAUUGAGUAACCAAAAAAUACAAGUUUUAAAUCUAAAUGUAGCCAUGGAUAUAAUGGUUUUUUAAAAACAGUUGGCUAUAAAAUAUUGUAAAAAUAAACAACUAACAAAAAAAUUAAUUUACUACUAUAAGAUUGUAAUAAUAUAUAAUAAUAAAUUAGAAUAUGGAUAGAUUAUAGAAGCUCUUUAAAAAUUAUAACAGGUUGAAUUGACUUAUUUAUGUGAUGUAGAACCUAAAACACAUAUGUAAGAAGCUCCUCCAGAAAUCAGUAUUGAUAGAUAAAUUGAAAUGAUUAUAGAUUCCUAAAAAGAAAAAGAAGAUCAAAUCACAAAAUCAGAGUAAUAAUGA